GUCCCAGCCCUUGUUCUUUAAAGCAGGAAACCUCAUGUCCUGCUACAGACCCGUCAGAGUCUCCAGGAGAUCCUGAUGCACGCAGCUCACCACAUAGCAUACGAUGAAUCAGGACAUGGAGCUAUGGAAGCAAAUGUUCCAGGAAUUAAUUCAGGAAGUGAAGCCAUGGCACAUAUGGACCCUGACAGUAGACAAAGACCUUCUUCCCAACAGCCUUAAGCCAGGAUGGUCACAGUACCAGCAGCGGGCUUUUGCCAGGUUCCAGUGCUCCUUGUGCUCUCGCAGUUGGGCCUCUGCUCAAGUUCAGGUCCUUUUCCACAUGCACAAGAGUGGGGAGAAACCCAGGGGCAGGGUGAAGAUGAGGGUCUUUGCCCAGAGAUGUCAGAGAUGCAAUCAGUCUCCAUUUGAGGUUCCCGAGUUCACAGAAGAGAACAUCUCAAGGAUCCUGAACAACCUGGUGUUCCGAAUUCUGGAGAAAUGCUACAGAGAAGGAUUUAAGUCCAUGGAGGAGAUACCUACCAUCAAGGAAAUCUCUCUUAAAGGGAUGCAUGACAGUAACAACUGCGAGGCCUGUCUGCUGGGCUUUUGUGCUCAGAGCGGGUCAGGUGAGGCCCUGCAGUUACCAGUGUUGCCAUCACUUCCUGCCGUUAGCUCACCUGCCCUUGGGACCGCCAUCCCCAUGCCCUCUCCCACUAGGAGUGGCGCCCCAGCAAACACAGUGAAGGGGAACACCCGAGCGGACACAGUGAAGGGGAACACCCGAGCGGACACAGUGAAGGGGAACACCCCAGCGGACACAGUGAAGGGGAACACCCGAGCGGACACAGUGAAGGGGAACACCCCAGUGGACACAGUGAAGGGGAACACCAGAGCAGAAGCAGUGAAGAAGAACGCCAUGGGAAACAAGGGAAAGGCUUUACCCCAACCCCGGUAUACUGUGUCCACAAAGGCUACAAUCCUCCCCACCCACUGGAGCUCAAGACCAAACACCCACCACCACAUGGAGAGGAGAAUCCAGGUCAGCACCUGGAGUGGGGUGCCCUGUUGCCACACAGUCCAGAAUCUCAGGUGCAGGAACUUUAAUGCUUGCUGCUGUUUUUUCAUUCUGAUCAUUGUUGUGGUGAUUAUUGUAGAGACCAUUCAGUGGACCUCCACAUGAUGCCAGGUUCAAAGUCAUGUAGUCUGGUCCCACGAAUAGGAAAUACGCAGAGGAGGUAAAUCCAGAGACGGGAAGUAGCCUGGUGACUGCCAGGGGCUGUGGGGAAGGGAAUUAAUCGGUAUGGGGCUUUUUGGGGGCAGAGGGUGGGUGGUGAUGAAAAUGUUUGGCACAAGACGGAGGGGGUGGUUAUACAAUACUGUGAAUGCAGUACAUGCCAUUGAAUUGUUUAUUUUAAAGUGGUUGAUUUCAUGUGAUUUUUAAGGGUUAAUGUUAAUUUCAAUUCAACGCAGUUUUGUGUAAAGUUUGCUGACAUUCUGCUCAUUCUAAGGAGAACUGAGACCGAAGCCUUUAUGGCUCACAGAACUAUUUGGAAAUCUCAUGAGACCUGUGGAUCCUCUCUCCCCAGAGAAGCUUGCACAGACCCGGUGACGUCAGCCUGUGGAAGCACUUGCCGUGGUUUUCAUAAGGUUGAAAGCCUGGGUCUCAAAGCAAUGUUCUCCACAGCACGGUCCGUGCAGCUCAGGGCUGCAGCAGGACCAUCCACCCACGUGGGGGAGAUAGCCUUCAAACCCUAUUUCAUGUUUCUUCGUACUUUACUAUUCUUGUUGCACAGUUUAUAAUGUGCGUUACUGUACUAGUAGAAUGGUAUUGUGACACAAUGUGUAAUUAAAUAAAUAUACACCCAUCUGGAG